UUUCAGUAUCGAAGAAACAGCUGAGUUGCGAGCUCGCUGCGGCACCAGCAGAGAAAAACUAUCUUUUUUGUUUUACUUUUUUACAUAUGGCGUGACGUAGUGUUGAUACUUGAGACCCUAGAAUUAGAUAAACAUAAAUGAAAAUGGCCAACAUAUCAACCAUAAAUUGGCUAUUCGUGUGCGGUAUAUCCUUUUGCCUGGGUGGCAUUGCAGUGCUCAGUUUUAUGCCGCUAAGCUCAGACUGCAUAUGCCCGCUAAGGAACCCAUUGACUAAAUUGGCUACAAAGGAAAAUGUGGCAUCAAAACCAUUCAACGCACACUCAACACACAAAAUGGCAGUUUUGGUGCCGUUUCGGGAUCGAUUCGAGGAACUGCUGCAGUUUGUGCCACAUUUAACGCAGUUUCUGCGACGCCAAAGCAUCGAUCAUCACAUAUUUGUGCUGAAUCAAGUGGACAGAUAUCGCUUCAAUCGUGCCUCUCUCAUCAAUGUGGGAUUCCACUUUACCAGCGAGGUCUACGAUUAUAUUGCCAUGCAUGACGUUGAUCUACUGCCACUCAACGAUGAUCUGCUCUAUGAGUAUCCUAGCAGCCUGGGACCACUGCACAUUGCGGGUCCCAAGUUACAUCCUAAGUAUCAUUACGAUAACUUCGUAGGUGGCAUUUUGUUGGUGCGUCGCGAGCACUUUCAGAAAAUGAAUGGUAUGUCGAAUCAAUACUGGGGCUGGGGCCUGGAGGAUGACGAGUUCUUUGUGCGCAUUCGGGACGCUGGUCUGCAAGUGACGCGGCCACAGAACAUUAAGACGGGCAUCAACGACACCUUUAGCCAUAUUCAUAAUCGCCAUCAUCGCAAGCGGGACACACAAAAGUGCUUUAACCAAAAGGAAAUGACACGCAAACGAGACCACAAUACGGGCCUCAACAAUGUCAACUAUAAGAUUUUAAAAGUCCAUGACAUGCUGAUCGACAGCAUUCAGAUUACCAUACUUAAUAUACUAUUCGAAUGUGAUGUAAAUAAAACGCCUUGGUGCGAUUGUUCGGGAACAGCAGCAGUUGCAUCUGCUGUACAAACCUAGUUAAAUGAAAAACAACAAUGAUUUCCAUAUCUUAAGCUAUGUUUAUUUGUCUAUUUUGAACCACAUUGGAAAAGCCCGUUGUUAAUACACAUGCACCAUGCCAUAUAAGAAUGUCCAGAAGAGCACGUAGGUGCAAAGGCCGCCCAUGAAUUGAUUGGUGAGCAGAUUCCGGCGAUUUAUAAAGUAUUUGCGCCACUGAAUGCCCGACUUGGCCAACACCAUUAGCCAGAGCACAAACACAGACACAAAGUAGAACAAGAAACCAAGUGUUCCGCUCAGUCCCAAAAUGCCUACAAUGAAAUUUACUUGAAUACAUUUUAAAUUAGUUAAUUGAAGCAUUUAUAUUACCAGCAGCGCAGCCCGAGAUGGCUGCCAUCGAAGUGCGACAAUAUUCGACGGCAGAAAUGUUUUUCCUGAUGACUCCUUCGCUGUAGGCGAUAAUUUCGCCGGUUUUCGAUGUACGUGUCCUUACGCGAUU